GUGGCGCUGUCGAACGUUAUUGAGACACUUCCGGGAUUUUGUCGUCACAAUCACAUGAAGUUUGGUGGUUCAGUUAAAGUUGACUAACAGGUGUUGCGACUUAGUAAUUGCGACUGCUAUCGAGAACAACACACGCACACAGAUACGAUGGAUUUCUUUAAGAAAAAACCUACCGUAGAACAGCAAAUUCGCCAAAAUGACCGAGUGUUGAAGAAACAACAGAGAGACAUUGCCAGAGACAGAGGUGCACUGGAGAGAGAGGAGAAGAAGCUGGAAUUGGAAAUAAAGAAAGCUGCAAAACAAGGAAAUAGACAGGCAGCAACUAUCCUAGCAAAGCAGCUGGUACAAUUACGCAAACAGAAAACAAAAUCCUAUUCUAUGGGUUCCAAAAUUCAGUCUAUAGGAAAUCAACAAAAGUUGAUGAACUCUAACAUGAAAAUGGCCAGCGCCAUGGGAACGACCACUAAGACGAUGACCCAGAUGAACAAGGUGAUGGAUCCUCAGCAGACCAUGAAGGUGAUGCAAGAGUUCUCCAAGGAGUCCACCAAGAUGGAGAUGUCGGAAGAAAUGAUCAGUGAUACGCUGGACGACAUCCUGGAUGAGUCUGGUGACGAGGAGGAGCAGGACGCCAUUGUUAACCAGGUGCUGGACGAGAUCGGCAUUGAGAUCUCCGGCAAGAUGGUGAAUGCCCCCUCAGCACAUGGUGGAGCCUUAGGAGAGUCUUCGAGGAAAAAUGCAGCAGAUGAUGAGAUUGAAAAACAGCUGGCAGCUCUCAGGGACUUGUAGUUGAACUUAGCCAUAUCAUGUACCGUGUCCUGUGUCCUCAUGGCAAACAGGUUCUAUGGGAGACAACUCUGUUGCAAUCUAUUCAUCACACACAGAGGUCACCACAAUUAUCCUGAUGUUGUAUUUUGUUGUGGAAACUUCACAUCGAUGAGAGAAGUCAUCGUUAAGCAACUGCCUUUAAGAACAUUGUAUGUUAUUUAAAUGUUUGACAGGAUAACAAGGCAGGACAACAUGCAGUAAAACAUGGCAGAUGCUGCAUGGCCAGACAUUAAAUGGAUUGUCUAACAAUUAAGUCAUAUCUUUACUACCAUUUGAAAUGUAAAUUUAUUCCAAAUGAAUAGUUCCAUAUUGAUAAGUUAUGGUUAUCAGUGUUAGAAACUGGCACUGGUCCUGUAGUCCUUGCCAAAGUGCCCAAUAGGUAUCAUAAGGACAAGAAGAAAUUUUCCGGGUUUUUUUUUUUAAAGGCUUUUGCUCUGUUAUCAUUAUACGGACGAGUGGACUAAAAAUGAUAGUUUCUACCGCUGGCUAUGACAAGACAAGAUGAACAUGUUACACCCGUCCAGGACAGCGAGUUUGGGGCAUCCCAUGUGUCCUGUGUCGAGCCUUCUGGUGUGGAUGCCUCUGUUACACUUCAUCCAUCACUCUGCUUCACACAUCAGGACGUCCAUCACUGAAUCACCUCUCCAGAACAAGGGGAGAUAACUUUCGCUGUUGUGUUGAUCAUGACAAUUUGUGAUGUUGAACAAGGAUGUGAUUUUUA